UCAGCGCAUUGCAGCUCUCGUCAAAAUGGGCCCAUCCGAACCAGUCUAUCACAGGUUGAUCAGUAAAGGCGUUACAGCCAAUCAGGAUGCUCUAUGUACCGUACAAGGUUGUAGCUUCAACUACGGAGUUCCAAGUCAACUACGGACAUCACCUGGAACUUCCGUUCAUUAACACCUUGACUCUCCAACUUCGCCGUUGACAUAUUCAACCUCAUCCUCCGACCUUAAAGCUGUUCUUUGAACCGUCGCGAAGAUGGAGGGCAUGUUCUACAACGUCGCCAAUGGGUGAGGGUCCUAUGACAUCGUAUAUCGUGUGGACAUGUAUUGACAGCUGCCUAGCUACAUGGAGGGCAUUGUUCGAGGUUAUAGAGACCAGCUGCUCACCAGUCAGAACUAUAAUAACCUAACACAAUGCGAGACCAUCGAUGAUGUCAAACUCCAGCUCUCCCCAGCCUAUGGCGAUUUCCUUUCCUCCCUGCCUCCGAAUCCCUCAACAUCAGCUUUGGCAGCCAAGACCACAGACAAGCUCGUCGCCGAAUUCAGAUACCUGCAAGCAAAUGCCACAGGGUCGCUCGCAAAGUUUAUGGAGUAUUUGACCUAUGGUUACAUGAUCGACAACGUUGCUCUUCUGAUCACCGGAACCCUCCAUGAACGCGACACAAGAGAGCUGUUGGAACGGUGCCAUCCCCUUGGCUGGUUUGAGACGAUGCCCGUCCUGUGCGUGGCGACCAAUAUCGAGGAGCUGUACAACUCUGUGCUCAUCGAGACCCCGCUUGCGGCGUAUUUCAAAGGCUCGUUAAGCCACCAGGACCUGGACGAACUGAACAUCGAGAUCAUCCGGAACACGCUGUAUAAGAACUAUCUCGAGGACUUCUACGCGUUCGUGAACACGCAUCCCGACCUGUCCGGGACGCCGACGGCGGAAGUCAUGUCCGAGAUCCUCGAAUUCGAAGCCGACCGACGAAGCAUCAACAUCACGAUCAACUCGUUUGGCACCGAGCUGUCCAAAGCCGAGAGGAGGAAGCUAUACCCUGCAGUCGGACGGCUUUAUCCGGAAGGCAGCUUAAUGCUCUCUCGAGCGGAUGAUCUCGAAGGGGUUCGCAUCGCGGUGGAUAGCAUCUCGGACUACAAGACCAUGUUCGACCAGACCGGACUGAAUCAAACGGGGUCCAGUAUUAGCAACAUGGCUGGCGGUGCGGGAGCCGAGAAGAGUCUUGAGGAUCAUUUCUACCAGAAGGAAAUGGAGAUUUCCAAGCUUGCGUUCACCCGACAGUUCGCUCACGGCAUUGUCUAUGCAUGGGUCAAGUUGAAGGAACAGGAGAUACGUAAUAUCACUUGGAUUUCCGAGUGCAUUGCACAGAACCAAAAAGAGCGGAUUGGGAACUAUAUCAGUGUCUUCUAGAGAGCGGGUUUGAUCAUGCGCUUGGCGUUGGGCGAAUCAUCCGGACCGUUGGGUGCGAGGCUUGCGCGCAUUUACGACUUAUUGCUGAAGCUAAUGUGUCAAUAACAAUUGUUUCCCUAUUGCCUUACUCAAAUCUAAAAGAUUUUGCCAAUCUGCUCGACUCAAGGGGG